AUGUGGUUCUUACUCUGGAAUUCAUUUUUUUUCGUUCCUGACUCUCUUGCUUUUUCCCUAAUUCAUUUUUCUUUCUUAACUAUCUUUACUUCUUCGAUAAUUAAUUUUUCCUUUCCAGUCUCUCUUUCCUCAUUCCAUAAUUCAUUUUUUCUCUCCUGUUUUUUCUUUGCUGACUCUCUUUGCUCCUUCCAUAAUGCAUUUUUUUCUUUUCGGACUAUCCUUCCCCUUUUCCAUAAUGCAUUUUUUUCUAUUCGGACUAUCCUUUCCCUAUUCGACCAUUCCAUUUCCUUUACUAAUAUUGUAUUUAUACUUCCUUUUCUUUUCUUUUUUUCUUCUUCUAUUUCUUCUUCUCUUUCUCUUUCUCGAAUAAUUAUUUCAUCCUUCUUUCCAACAUUUUUUUUUAUUUCUUUUCCUCUCGUCCUUUCCACCCUAAAUUACUGCUUGUGUCUUUACUGGGCGCUUUACUUUUCUUUUUUCCUUUUCCUAAAUGUGUUGACCUCAUUUUACACGCUAUGUAUUUUCCUCUUUUUUAUCCUUAUCUUCAUCGCCCCUUUUUCCUUUCUCUUUCUUUUCCAUGAUCUGCAUUUUUAUUAUUAUAAUCAAUCCACUUUUUCUUCUUCAUCAUUAUUACAAUAUCCCCAAACAACACCCGGUUAUUUUUCACUCUCACUUUUCUUUACGUUUUUCCUUCUUCUUUAUUUCAUUUUACUCGCUUUAAUCGAAUUCAAGGUUAUUAUUGCCAUUAGCUUUCUUUCUUUCUUUCUUUCUUUUUUUCCAAAGAGAUUAAUUUCCUUUUCCGCUUUAAAUCAUCGUCUUCUUCUUUUCUUUCUUUCUUUCUUUCUUUCUUUCUUUCUUUCUUUCUUUCUUUCUUUCUUUCUAAUGUCUUUACCAUCCUCUUUUCUCCGACUUCAAGAUCAUUAUUACUGUUAUUACUUUUCCUUUCUUCUUUUUUCUUUCUUUCUUUCUUUCUUUCUUUCUUUCUUUCUUUCUUUCUUUAUAAUAAUGUCUCUAUCAAGUUUUAUUUUAAAUAACUUUUUUCUUUCUUUCUUUCUUUCUUUCUUUCUUUCUUUCUUUUCUUUCCUCCUCCCGUCCUUGUUUUAUUUCUUUCUUUAUCACCUUUUCUCCUCCGAUCAAGUUCGUUAUUAUCAUUAUCUUUCUUUCUUUCUUUCUUUCUUUCUUUCUUUCUUUCUUUCUUUCUUUCUUUUCUGCCCUCCUCCCGUCCUUGUUUUAUUUCUUUUUUUAUCACCUUUUCUCCUCCGAUCAAAUACCUUAUUAUCAUUAUCUUUCUUUCUUUCUUUCUUUCUUUCUUUCUUUCUUUCUUUCUUUCUUUCUUUUCUGCUCUCCUCCCGUCCUUUUUUUAGUUCUUUUUUUAUCACCUUUUCUCCUCCGAUCAAGUUCAUUAUUAUCAUUAUCUUUCUUUCUUUCUUUCUUUCUUUCUUUCUUUCUUUCUUUCUUUCUUUCUUUCUUUUAAAGUUUUCGUCGCUCUCUUUUUCCACCGAUCUUCACUUGAACCGGACUAACUCGUUCACCAUUACCACAUGCGAAGACACUCUUAAAACGUCUACUGAUCUUAACUUACAGCUUUUAACUUCUCUACAAUUUCCUUCAUUUUCCGUCGCCUCUCUUUUCCUUCUCCUUUUUUAUUCCAAUUUUCUUUUCUUUUCUUUUACUCGCUCCACUUAUUCAUUUUUUCUUUCUUUUCCUUUUUUUUCUUUAUCAUUUUUCGCAGCUUAUAACUUUCUCUUUUUUCUUUCUCUCUACACUCUCCUUCUUACAUUUUGGUCUCUUUCUUUUAUCUCUCAUCUUCCCUUACCAUCCCCUUACCUUCACAUUUUUCAUUCUCCUUCUCUUUUCUUUCUUAUUGUUCCUUCUUCUUCUUCUUCUUCUUCUUCUUCUUCUUCUUCUUCUUCUUCUUCUUCUUCACUUUCCUAUCAUUCAUUCAUCCAUUCAUUCAUUCAUUCAUUCUUCUUCUUCUUCUUCUUCUUCUUCUUCUUCUUAUUCUUCUUCUUCUUCUAUUAUUAUUAUUAUUAUUAUUAUUAUUAUUAUUAUCUCUUCUUGUCUUUGUUCUUUCCUCUCAUCUAUUUAGUACCUCCUCUUAUGAUCUUUGUUUUCCAUUUUUAUUCCACGUUUCUUUGUUUUUUAUCCGCAUUUUUCUCGCUCAUGUAUAUUAAUCUAUUGAAUUAUGUUUGUUUAUUUACUUAUUUAUUAUUUAUUUUUGUUUUCUUCUUUUAUUUUUAUUUUUUCAUACUGCGUUUUCUUUCAUUCCACUUUUUCUUUCAUUAUUCUUCUUUCAUAUUUCUUCUUUCAUAUUUCUUCUUCUUCUUGCCAGCCUAUUUCCAUUCAUUUUCUCGCCAAAUGUUCUCCGCCUUACUGACUGCUUACAUCUCUAACACCGGGUCUUUCAGUCUUUUCCUAUUUACAAUGGCUGUUCACACUCCAGACCUUUCUGCUUCCUUUCCAAUACUCUCCAACCCAACGUCUGUCCAUUCCUCGAUCCGAUUAACCCCUUUCCGGACAUUCAAGCGCACCUUUUCAUACCCAUUAUUCUCUAUCCCAUCACCCUUUUUUUCGGCCACCCUUACCGCCUUCGCCUUCACUGAUUCCUCUGUCAUUACACUGACUUCUCAUUACGUGUUUCGAGUUACAUUCUUCAUCGCUUUUAUUUUCUUUAUACGCACUUUAUUUUUCGCCAUUACCGUUGUUCUUACAUUCGUUCGACUUCCUAAGUCUCUCCUUGCUUUUUGUCCACACGUCUCUUUCUUACCUCCUAAUUUACUUUCUGCUAUAUUAUUGAUUUUUCUUUUUCUUUAUUGCGUCAUUCCAUCCGAGGCAAUAUUUUUUUUUUCUUUUUUCCUCCUUUGUUGUUGUUGUUGUUGUUGUUGUUGUUCUUCUUCUUCUUCUUCUUCUUCUUCUUCUUCUUCUUCUUCUUUUAUACGCUUUGUCUUUCUUAUCACUUUCUUUUUUCUCUUUAUUUGCCUCCCUUUCUCCCCCUUACUUUUGCCUUCUUUUUUUACUCUCCUCCCUUCAUUCUCUCCUUCUUCUUCUCUCCUUUCUUCCUUCUCCUCCUCCUCCUCCUUCUUCUUUUUCUUUUUCUUCUUCUUCUUCUUCUUCUUCUUCUUCUUCUUCUUCUUCUUCUUCGUCGUCGUCGUGGUGAUACCUCCUCUUUGGUCUAUCAAUUAUCUUCCCCUUAAUCAAGUCUUCAUUUCAUUUGCUCCUUAUUCCAUCUUUCCUUUUCUUUUAUUUUCCUCCACUUAUGUCUUCAUCGCCAUUCCAUUAUUCUUUCUUUUUUUACUCUUACGUCAUUCAUUACUUUUCAUCCUGUUUUGUAUUCGUUUUAUCUUUGUUCUUCCUUUUCUUGUCCACUUUAUUUUUUCUUCUUUCAUUCAUAUUUUUUUCUUAAUCUUUCUCUCUUUUUUUUUCGUCUUUCUUUUCUUAGAUUACACUCACCCCAUUUUAUCUCCUCUUCUUUCUUUUCUAAUUUCCUCCUCUUCUUCUCCCUACUCUCUUCUUUAUUCCAUAUUUUCUUUUUUCCCUUCUAAGUAUCUACUUUUACUUCAUUUUUUUUUAUUCCUUAACAUUACCUUCUUUUUCACUUCCCUUUUCUUCCCUAUUCUUUUUUUUUCUUAUUCCUCGAACUUUUUCAUAGACUGCACUUUUUCCUUUCUCUUACUGUAUUCUCGCUUUUUGGCUGAGCCAUCGCCUUGUUCUUGCUUCUUUUUUCAGCCACAUUUGCUCACGCACUUAUAUCGGUUCCUUUUAUUAUUUCCCAUCUAUCGGCACCAUUUUCAUCUCCUCCUCCUAAUCUAUUAUCUCUUGCUGCGUUAUUUUCUUCGCUUUUUCUCCUCCUCCUUUGCUCUCUCCACCCUUUUCUCCUCCUCUUUUUCUCCUUCCACUCCUUUUCUAUCUCAUCCUUGUACUAUUGCUGAUAUUGCCCUCUUCCCCACCCAACACUUCUUCACCUUCUGCUUUCCAUUCGUCCACUGUCUUUUUUUUAUCACUCUUUUCUUUUAA